CUGCAAGACGCGACUACCCAUAAACCACCACCAAUAAUAUCUGUGCAGCAUGUAGCAUCAAACGGUGGCAUAAACCCGAACGGCCAGCAGACGGAUGGCACCCUAGGAUUACAUUUAUCUAGUUUAAGUGAAGCUAAUUUAAAUACUACUACAACUACUCUACACAGCAGCUCUAGUGAUAAGUGGACAAACUUUGAGGUCGAUUACGACGAUGAAAUGAUGCAGAACGAUGCUCCGGCAGCGGCACCACUGGCAGUGGUACCAGUGAUCGAGUCACACACGACCGAAACGUUUCCGGCCAGCACAACGGCUGGGGACGAUUUUCAUCAGAUGAUGCACCAACUGGAAGAGCUCAAGGAGAAACCUCUGUUCAGUGAGGACGAGCUCGAGGAAGCAACCGAAGAUGACGAUUUGUUCGACGAUGAAGAUUACGACCUGGAAGAGGUCAUACGUCGGCACAAGCAGCGGUUGGAGGAAAGUCGUCGGAAGGCAGGAAUCGUCGAGGAUGAUGAUGAUGAUUACUACGACGACUACAGUGCCGAGGAAGACGAGGAGGAGCAAAAGCGAAAGCAAACGAAACAGUCACCAUCUGCUACUGGGGCGGACGAAGGAACGGACAAUGUUAUGCAGGACUAUCUGAGUAACAUCAAGAGCAAAUCGGCCCCACAUCGGUUUAAGUCAAAGUUUGAUGACUUUAACGAUUCUGGCGAUGGUGAUCUUUUGUCCGGGAUCAGUAGCAGUCGGAAGCUGCGAAAGAAUGAUUCCAUCAAAAUCAUCUCCACACCGAACGGAAAGGUUGGCAUUGUGUAUAAGGUGGAACCGAAAGUGACCGAGGAUGAAUUAGGACGUAAAGCAACGGCCGAUGGUAACAGUGCCGGUGUAGUUGCGAACGGUGGUGGAGCAGUAGAGCAACGGCAGAACAAGAUCACGCCUGUCAUAACGGCCGACGGUAAGGUGGCAUUGCUGUACCGGGGAGCUUCCGACAAUGGCGACACGUUCCGUAACAAAUACGAACCCAUCACGGCCAAGGACAUACUACAGAUGAUCGACAAUAAUAAUAAUAAUAAUAAUAACAAUAGUAACGGCAGUGGAGCCGGUGGCAACUCGCCCGCUAGCGGGGCGAGCUCAAGCAACACUAACAGCAGUAUUAAAAAUAUUACCAAUAAUAAUAUUUAUAAUAGUCAUAAUAAUUACGGUAAUAGUUAUGAUAGUUUUAAUAGAAACGUCAAUAAUGUGAUCGUUGAUUCGCAUCCACCGGAAACGGGUGAUGAUUCGCGGGAAAAUAAUGCGGCCAUCGGUGGUGGAGCUAGUCGUAUGGAUCACUUACCGACGGUAGCGUACCCGCGCAUCACCACACCAAUGCCACGAAACAGUCCGAGCAACGUUCAUCAUCACGUCGCUCUAUCAAGCACCACCUCCAACGCACUUCCUGCCACACCGACCAGCAGUAGUCCGUUUGGUAAGCUGGAUGGUACGCAAAUGCCGCCCGGUUCCGGCGCUUUCCAACCGUACGACCGGCAGGAAAACUCGCUGCUCAUCAAUCGCCCACUGUCGGAGGUGUUGGGUAUACGCAAGAAUCAGUACUUGGAAACGAACACUAUCAAGAUACCAAAUAGCGAAACGUCGACGAACAAGAUGCGCAUUGGAACGAAUAAUAAUCUGCUGUCCUCACUGUUGCACAACCUGCAGCAUGGCCUACCGAACGGCACCAGCAUCAGUGAUCACCGUGAGCCUCACGUUCGACGACCUGCACCAGAAGACGAUCAGCACCGACGCGCAGGGUACAGUGUGAACGGGUUCAGUCGAUCCCGGUUCUACAUUAACCGGCGGACAACACCGGCCUUACCACCUCGCAUCAUUAAGGAGGAAAGUGAGGAAGAUACGUUCAUCGGCGAGGGUGACGAUAAUGCACUACCCGAGGUGAUCAAUCUUGCCAUUAUACCCGCGUUCGAGCAUGAGAUCGACGAGAAGUACAUCCGGCCCCAUCAUGGCGAUCUGCAUCGACGGCAUCGGCACCAGUACAAUGUGGCACCGGGCCAACCAGCCGUACACUGUGCGAUGCAGGCACUGGUCGCCUGUGCCGUGUUGGCGACCUUUUUCGGAAUUGUGGGAACAUACUUUAAGUCGCGCGUUGUUGAUCACAUCCGUGUGCUAUAUUGGUAGGAUUUGUGCGGUAUUCGUUCGGUGCCGAUGGAGCACAACUAUCAGAACUACUACUACCGUCUGUAUCGGAAGCUUGUGCAACGAUAACAACGGGUCCGGUAACGGUGUAACGGUCUCCGUCGUCAUCGAUCGAAUACCACACGCAGGCAGACAAGCUUGGUCUUUGGUGUGGCGUUAACGAAUCGUAUUUACCACUAAGUAUGUGUGUUACUGGUACGACCUGCAAUGAUUUCUCUGCUUGAGUUUGCACCGAUUUUUUACCGGUGCUUUGGCUCUGUGCACUUAUUUUCAUAUAUUUCUGCAACCCAAACCACCAAAAUGUAACGGUUUUUCUCUCUUUCAUUAACUCAAACAAAUCAUAAUUUUCAAUACAAAAAAAAGCCAAACGCCAUACUGCAAGUUUCCUGCGAACUACUACGAGCUUAGGAUUUGAAAGUGCUGCUAGUGCAGCCAGAUGCAGUGACUCGCGCAGUGACCGUCAGUAUAAUCCCUCAGUAGAGUAUCCUUUUGGUGUAAAAUUUGAAUGUGUCGUCUAAAGUCGUAGCCCAGCCCCACAGAACAUUAGCUACAGCAUCCUAGUGUGUCAUCGUGUCGUCGUCAAUGAUGUCUCAUGUACGUAUCGGUGUUAAAGCUAGGGCGCUAGAGCACAGAAACAGAGCUGAAAACAAAGCAAAUUAACAAACAAACACGGAUACUUGGCAGAACUAUCACGGGUGCGUAGUACCGGCUCACUAACGUAACGUCAGCUGCAGGGUUGUCCUUUCGAGCAACAGCCACCGCCAUAACUGUAACAUAUGUUUUGAGCUAGAGUAUAAAAAUGCAUUUUUGUAUUGAUCGUUAGUAGCGAAUCUGUUCACAAAACUAUUCAACCGCAACUGCAAGUCGUAUAGAGUAUAAGAAGUCGUCGCCAGAUGGGAAGAAAGAUUGGUGCUUUGGCUCUACGGGAGACAAAAGCGAUCGCAAUGUAAAAAGAAUCGAACAAACCAGCCAUCAAUCAUGGAACAGUGCAAAACGUACAUGUUUUUUUUUUUUUAAUUUUUGAUCGUUAAGAUCACUAGGCUGACUAGUUAAGAAUAUGGAUUUGUAGCUAUCCGUCAAUUUCUCUCCCCCUUUUUCGAAUGCUAAACCAGAUUAUACGGUGUAGAAGCAAAAACAAAAAGGUAACUAGAGAAUGCAGAAGAAACAAAACAAUGAAUUCAAACAGAAAACAAACAAAUGGGUAGUCGCGCAAUCAAAACCAACUUUUCUAAGAUGAAAAAAAAUACGAAUAAUUGUUUUCUUCUACACUAAAUAAUUACCUAAACAUUAAAAACAAAACACACCACAAUGAUGUCGAAACGAGGAAAGAGAGAGAGAGGGGGGAGAGAAGAAAAAGGAACAAACAAAAUGAAAGGAAAGAGUAGAGGAACGAUAACCAAACAGCAGCUGCAUAUAGUUGAUGAAGUUUACCACGCAGGAACAAUGGUGAAUGAAAACGAACAGUACAUUGUUAAAGUAAAAAGUUUAAAACUAAUAGAAGGUGUGAAUGAGCUGUUGAGGUGAGAACUUGCUUUCCUCUCAUUGAAAUCACUCAACUCUAAUGGGGCUAUAUAUUGCAAGCUGCUUAGCAUUAUAACGUGGACGAUGGAUCCAAGAUGGAAGCGAUACUGGAACAUGAGGAAGUUGAAAAUGCCUUUUUAGUAUGAGAAAAAAAAUCACGAAAACAAAACGUAUAAUGAAGCAAAACUACUAAAACCCUACUACACCUCUACACCGAUCGGUAUGAUCGGAAUGCGAUUUGGUGUACAAACGCACGGAAAUAUAUGGAAAGUAAAAUUUUGCAAUUUACACAUCAGCAUCAGACAACAAUAGGGGACAAAGAUCUCUGCUGAAACUAACUGAACGAUAACGAAAAUAAGCUAACAUUUUUUUGCUAACAAACAUAAUCCGGACCGGCCAAUAUUUCAAUCUAAAUAGAAUAGAACACAUAAACAGGAUAAACAUGUGUGUUUAUGUACGUGAAAAAGCGUAAAACAGAGAAGGGAGAAAAACACAAUUCCACAAACAGUUUAAAACAAUAGUAAUGGCUUCUUCUUUUCUAAACGAAAGCAAAUUUUGGAGGUCCACAAAAUGAAGCACAUGAAGAACGUAAUGAACAAAUGGAAGCAGAUAAUUGUAGCUAAAACAUUUUUAAUUUGUUGUUUAAUUUUUGGCAGCGAAUAUUUAUUAAUUGACCGAUGGAUUUGUCGUACUUUCGUUUCUAUUGCUUUUGUUUCUUGUUGUGUUCUUUCUUCUACAGUUUGCACAAGUGUUGUUUGAUUCUUAUCAUUACUACCAACAUAGAGAAAACUGAUUUUCUAAUCUUUACCAAUCAUUGGCACUAAGAUUCGUUCAGCACUAGCAUUUUCCAACAUGAUCAAUUUCAACACACAGUCAUAGUUAGAAGAAGCUCGACGUUCUUUUGCGAGUGCAUAUAGAACAAGAUGAUGCUUGAUUUAACAAACAAACAAACAAAAUCCUCCCACCAAGGACACAAUAGUAAAAUACCUGGAGGCGAACCGACACAACGGCACUACUCUACGACCCUUUCGGAACUGAACACAUCAUCAUCCUGUUUGUAGAUUUAUUGUCAACGUAAGACGUAUAAUCUCUAUCUAUCCUGUGUACUCACAUGUGUAUUCUAUCUCUCUCUCUUCUCUCACUAGUGCCCGAUUCGGUAUUAUAAUAUCGUUCGUUUGAAGUGUUUUAUUGUCCACUCGGGCAUGCAUUUAUCAUUUCCACACUUUAAUGCAAAAUAGCUGUAAUUUGUGUGAUUCAUGCUUUUGUGUAAUGUAUUUAUAAUAUAUAAACAUUUCUUAUUGUUUACGUGCGCUUUACAAAGCGGUAUUUCAUUUUGCAUUGAAUUUUUGUCUGUUGUUCUGUUUUUUAUUUCUUCAUUUAUUUUUGCACCUUUUUAUGCAGUUUUUCAUAUUUCGUAAAGGCAAACAAACAGCAUCAUAUUUUAAAACAAACGUCCACACGACGCCUCUGCUUAUGCAUGGAUGAAUAAUGAAACGAAAAUUAAAAUUUAUGUUAACCUGCAUUGUUACAAAGUUAUAAUGACGUAAGUAAACACUUUAAUUUAAAACAAAAAACUCAACAGAAAAAAGUAUAUACUUGUGUAUUAUAGGAAUAGCAGCUAAAUAUAUUGUCUUUUUACAAAAAGAA